AUGGGUUUAAAAAAAAGAUAUGAAUAUUCACCAUUAGAAGAAAUAUUUUUUCCAAAGAAAAUUGAAAAUUCUCAAUAUUAUGAAGAUAUUGAUGAAAAAAAAAAUGAGAAAAUUGAUAUUAACACAGUAAAAGAUAGUUUAUUAAAUCAUAAUGUGUCAUUAGAUGUUUGCCUAAAACAUAAAGAUAAAUAUUUAAAUACAAAAAAUACAAAUAAUAUUCAGAACUAUUUUUUCUUUUAUGAUUAUAGAAAAUGUAUUUAUAAUAUUGAUGGAAAAUUAUUUAUAGAUCAGAACCCUGUUAAAAUAUUAAGUGAUAAUUUAAAACGUGAUGAUAGAUUAAAUGAAGUUGAUGACCCUCAAAAUUAUAAUACCUUUAUGUAUGCUUAUAAUAUAUAA